ACCUGAGAGGAGGGGAGGGAGAGACGAGCGGAGGGGAGGGGAGACCCGCCGCCUCCCUCCUUCCCUCCCUCCCUCGCUGACUUGCUCCCUCCCGGGCUGCGGCUGCUGCAACCGCGGCGGCGGCGGCGGUGGCGGUGGCGGCGGCAGCAGCGGGAGCAGUCUGGAGGCCGGCGUCGAGGAUUUGCUGCUGUCUCUGCUGCUCCAUCCUUCUUCCCACAGCGGCCCUCUCCUCUCUCCUAGCUCAAGAUGGCAGCCAGCAGCCCGGAGGUCUCUGAGAUGAAAGGGGCAGAGGAGGGUGCCCAGACCCAGGGAGAAGGGCCCGGCCAUUCUGAAGAUGGAACCGGCCCUCCCCAGGCCCCAGCUGGGGUCCCAGAUGAGCCAGAGACCCUGCCGCCAGGCCCAGACAUCACUGGGGCCCCUGUGGACUCAGAGCCCGAGGCUGGGCUGGCUCCAGAAACCACAGAGACCCCAACUGGGGCCCCAGAAGCAGCUCAGGCCACAGACCUCAGCGCCAACCCAGGAGGGGAAUCAAAGGCCAACUCCAGCCCCGAAGAAACAUGCCAAGAGCUAGCAUCCAAACCAGAAGUGAGCAAAGAGGCCACUGCAGACCAGGGGACCCACCUGGAACCUGCAGCCCCACUCGAGCCAGCCUCAGAGCCUGCCCCCCAGCUGGACCCCCAGUCAGUCCCUCAGCCAGACCCCCAGCCAGCUUCCCAGCCCACCUCCACGCCAGUCCUUCAGCCAGAGCCACCGACCCAGGAGGACCCCACCCCUGAGGUCCUGACGGAGAGUGGGGGGGAAAAGCAGGAAAAUGGGGCUGUGGUUCCCCUGCAGGCUGGGGAUGGGGAUGGGGAAGAGGGUCCAGCCCCCCAUCCUCACUCACCACCCUCAACGAAAACCCCCCCAGCCAAUGGGGCUCCACCCCGCGUGCUACAGCAGCUGGUGGAGGAGGAUCGAGUAGGAAGGGCUCAUGGGGGCCGCCCAGGAUCUCCUCGGGGCAGCCUGAGCCGCCACCCUAGUUCCCAGCUGGCAGGGUCUGGGGUGGAGGGGGGUGAAGGCACCCAGAAACCUCGGGACUACAUCAUCCUCGCCAUCCUGUCCUGCUUCUGCCCCAUGUGGCCUGUCAACAUCGUGGCCUUCGCUUAUGCCGUCAUGGUGAGCCCCACGGGACCCUGGCCCCGGCCUGCUGUGGCUCCCAGCUUCCUGCCAGGGCUGGGACCAGGCCCCAGGAGGAACCCUGCCUUCCCUCCCCGCCUCUCUGCAUGGACCUCACGUCCCAAUUCCAGGGCCUUUGCUUGCCUAGCAGCCCCCCCCAGCCCCCCUCCCACCUCAGGACUUCACCUUCUGAGCCCUACCCUUUCUGGUGGGAGGGACCUCCCGACAUGUCACACAACCUUACUGACCUGUGCCCUCCCUCCUGCUGCCUCUCCAAUCUCCCUCCUCCCUUCACCACUGGCCACCGGCUGACCUGUCUCCUCGGGACGACUCUUGCACCUGCUCCCUGCUGGGCUGGUUUCUCCUGACCUGGGUGGAUGCCCACCCCCCCCACCCCUCACCCUAACCCCAGUCCCGGAACAGCCUGCAGCAGGGGGACGUGGAUGGUGCCCAGCGUCUGGGUCGCGUGGCCAAGCUCUUAAGCAUCGUGGCGCUGGUAGGGGGGGUCCUUAUCAUCAUCGCCUCCUGCGUCAUCAACUUGGGCGGUGAGUGGGGGUCUGGGACAGGCCGGGAGGAAUGGAAGGGUUGGCAAGGGCAGCUUUACUAACCCCUGCCCCUGCUCUCUCCUGUCUGUCUGUCUUCCCGACUUAUUUGUCUCUCCUUGUCUCCCCCUCCCCUCCCCGCCCCGCCCGUCUCUGUCUGUCCCUCCCUCUCCUCUCCCACAGUGUAUAAGUGAGGGGCUCUGCCCUGCAUUCCAAGACUUUUUUUUCCUGUUGGGAGCUGCCUUGGGCCCAUCCUCCCCUUUGGGGGGGAGCCCAAUCCAUGGCCCAGGCCCGCACCCAUAGGGACCAAUGGAGCCUGAGCAGCCUUGUUUACAGCUUCUUUCCUGCUCCUGCAUCCUGCCAGGCUCCUCUGCCAACCGUAGGCCUCCCUGUUCCCUGCUCUGUGUCCAACCUCCCUGCACUUUUGCCUGCCUCCCCUUCAGCCUCUUGGCUUCCCUACCCCUGCACUUCUGGAAACCUCCCUGCACUUCUGGAAACCUCCUUGCACUUCUGGAAACCUCCCUGACCAUCUCCCAGACUCUCUUUGCUCUCAGCCUUCCUGCAUCUCUUGCGGCCUUCCUGCACUACACCCUCCCGAGUCCCCUGCACCUCAUCCCGGAUCUCCAUUUCCCAACUUUUUAUUGUCUCAGCAUCCCCCCCUCCCCCCCCUCCUCUCUUCCUUCCCUUCCUCAUUCAUCUCCUCUUCCCUCUCCACACCCUCCACCCCCUUCCUCUUCCUGCCUCCUCAUCUCCCCUCUGCAUCCUCUCCUCCACCCUCCUCCACCGUUUAUUCUGCAAAAACUCCAGCACUUAGAUCAGGCUGGGGGAGGGGAGCGGUGUCUGGAGAGGGCUCCCUAGCCCGGGCUCGCGACUGUUCUCUGCAGGGACUACCCAGGCCCAGACACCCCCGGGGUGCCUCGGGGUCGCAGAGCUGGCAAGCCGGGCCUCGUUUGUAGAUUUGUGCAGGGGUGGCGGGUACUGUUCCGAACAAGCACCUGGUAGAAGGGAGGGGCGAGGCUCUCGAACCCUCCCCGGUCGGCCCGAGCUGACCUGCCCCGCCUGGGCUUUUUAACCCAGUCGGUUUGUUAAAGGCGUCGCGGCUGGAGUCAUUCACGUGCUUUGUAACUGUAAGAACAGAAAAAAUUGGACCAAAGCUCCCAGCUGCAGGGAGCAAAGAAGGGGCGGAGAGAGCUGCGAUUAUUUUCUAAGAGGACGAGAGAGGUUUGUUGCACGCGACAGUUCACUGGGGAGGCAGGGUCUGAGCCACAACGCGGUUCGGAGUUGGUUUGGUUUUGGUUUUUUUGUGUUUUUUUUAAUAUAAAAAAAAGCGUAGGGAAAAAACCUAAAAGUCUUUAAAAAAAAAAAAAAAAAGGAUACAUCAAACUGAUUCUCCCUUUUUGUAUGCCGGAUGCUGCAUGAGUCUGAAACACCAAUAAACGGAGACUGCAUGAUACUCGC